AUGGCGGAUCUCCGUGCUCCGGCGGCGCGGCCGGCGACGGACAUCUUCGGCGACCCGAUCGACGCGCAGCCGCUGUGGUUCAAGAAGUCGUCGUUCCUCCAGAAGGAUUUCGAUCCGGAGGCCUACGUCGCCGAUCUCCGGAGCUUCGUCCCGCUCGAGAGCCUGCGCUCCGAGCUGCGGAUCUACCUCUCUUCUCUCAACGUGGAUCUCGUCGACCACCUCAACCGCGAUUACGCCGACUUUGUCAGUCUCAGCACGCGUCUCGUAGAUGUGGACGCAUCUGUGUCGCGCAUGCGGGCGCCGCUGGCAGAACUCCGGGAAAAGGUCUCCGUCUUGCGGGGGAACAUUGCCUCAUCCCUUGCCUCGCUCAAGGGUGGGCUCAACCAGCGCGCCGAGGCGUCGGAAGCCAGGGAGGUGCUGGAGUUGCUGCUUGAUGCAUUCCACGUCGUCUCAAACGUAAUUUUCUCUGCACUCUUAAUGUCGGAUAUUCGCUUUCAUUCCUGUGAAUUUUAGAUGCCGACAUGCGACUGACUUAUGAGCAUUUAUCAAAACACAGAAUGGAAAGGCUCCAUAGCUGAGAAAAAAUCACUUCUUUUAUUUCUGAUAUUGAACUUGCUUUGUAGACUUGAUUUUUAUCAUUUUUUUCUAAAAACUUCUUUUGGUAUGCCGCUGGCUCUGGAAACAGGAAUGAAAAACAAUUGAUUCACUCGAUUCACUUGGUUGAUAUAUGAUGGUCGCCAUUUCUAAGUACCCCUGCUAGGAUUUUAUGGAUAUUCUUGGAAUAGUGUAAUUAGGCUUUAUCCAGGCUUUUCAGUUGGUGUUUACUCUCAGUGCAACAUGGGGGUUGAUUAUGCAUCAUAUUUCUUUCAAAGUGCCGUGAAUUUACCCGUCAUGUUUUGAUUGGAAUGAUUUCAUAGGGUGAAAUGAAUGUGUUUAAAAACGAUUCUUAAUAUUUUACCAAACUAGUCAAAACUUUUCCCAUCGUGUUGUGAGUGGAAUGAUUUCUUAGAAAUGAGUGUCUAUAGAAAAAAAAUUGAUUCCUAUUUUUUUUUCUUUAGAUUGCAUGAGAUUUUACUCAUCAUGUUAGGAUGAGAGCCUUUCAUUGGAUCAACUAAGGGUUUUCAAAACAGUGUUAUAAGCUUAAAUAAGUUUUGUAUUUUGAUUGCAAAACAUUAGCAUUUGAGGCUAUCUUGAAGGAAUGACUUUUAAUUGUAGUUAUUGAUUAUUUGAUGCUUGUUUCUCGCUCAUGAUUUAUGGUUGUUAAUAUUUGAUUUCAUGUUCAGGUUGAGAAGCUUAUUGAAGCAUUGCGUAGUAUUCCAAAUGAUCUUUCGAGUACAGAUGUGAUUAAUUUGGAGAAAAGCUCCAUACAUAAUGGUAUUUCACUUCAAAACAAUGAAACAAUUGUUAAUCCUGACAAGACAAGAAGUGUUUUCUUGGAAAGGAUAGCUAGCGAGAUGAAUCGCCUGAAAUUUUAUGUUGCUCAUGCACAGGUUUGUUUCUGUUUAUUACGUUAUGACAUAGUUGCAACUUUUAAACACUUGUUCAAAAAAUGUAUACUUUCUUUUUUCUCUAUGGUCUUAUUGCAUGGUGAUUGCUUGAGGAAGCUACUUUCCUUAUGUAUGGACAAACAUGGACGCUCCUUGAUAUGUAAUCCUGUAACAUAGAAACGAAGGUGUUUCCCUCCCGAAAGAAACUCCACAAUUCUUCUCCCCAAAAGGAAUAAUAAAUUUAUGAUGUUGUAUGUAAUCAUCUACACAAAGUCAAACAAUGUAAUCAUCUACACCAAACAUUCUUGCCCUCUGUCCAUACAGUUAUUUAGUCAGGAAGUAAAAUAAAUGAGUAGACCAAGCAAAAGAAAACCUGUUCUUCUGUCUAGAGCAUAUGAUGCAUAUUAGGUGAAGAGGCAGAAACAAGGACGUUUUGUUCAAAUGAAUAAAUUACUCAUCUUAAUUCCUUUGGAGCAUAUAGUUCCGGUAUGGGGAAAUAACUUGGGCUCUUAAAAUGUGGACCGGAUAUUUCAUUUUGUGUCAUGAAAAGCUGUAUCGUGAAAACCAGCUAAGCAAAAUGAAUGGUUAGGGACAAGUAAAUGCGAUACAGAAAAAAUGCAAUUUUCAGUGUCUGUGGGUGAUCUUGUAUUAACCGCAUCAACGUAAACAUAUUAAUUAGCUGCUAGUAGUUAAUUAUGUGGUAUUUUGUUUGCCUAUUUGAAGAUGUGAUUCUUAAAAGUUUAAUUUGUUUUAUAUGUUGCGGCAGUACAGAAUCUCCCUUUUAUUGAAAACAUGGAGAAGAGAAUUCACAAUGCUAGCCUGUCCCUUGAUGACAGUUUGAGGCAUUGUUUUGUGUCUGGCCUGGAACGCAAAGAUCAUGAAGCACUCUUGAACUGUCUACGUGCAUAUGCAGCCACUGGUAACAUAGCAGGCGCUGAAGAAGUUUUCCGUACUACUACAGUGUCCCCCUUGAUCCAGAGAAUUAUUCCUCAGAAAUCUUCAGAUGUGGAUGGCUAUGGUCCUUCUGAUGAUCUGGAGGAGGAUUUUCAACAAAUUAUGCAAGUCAUUGAGGCAGAGUGCAAAUUUUUCUUGGACAUCUCGUCCUCAGGUACUUGGGUUUUCUGUUAACCCGUGUCAUCUUGUUAUCUGCUUUCUUAUUGAAUUGUAAAAUAUUCGGCUUCUACAGAGUCUGAUUAAGUUUUCCAUUGUGUUUCAGCAAAUUCAGGAUUCCACGUUUUUGACUUCUUGGCCAAUUCAAUACUUAAGGAAGUUCUCUAUACUAUCCAAAAAGGAAAACCAGGAGCAUUUUCUCCUGGACGGCCAACAGAGUUUCUGAAAAACUACAAAUUGAGCUUAGAUUUUUUGUCCUACCUUGAAGGUAACGAAUAGAGAAUGAAUUUGAAGAUAUCACCUGCAGUGAUGCUAUGAAUGUUUGGGCUCCUUAAGCUUCUCACUUACAUGUUCUUAAAAUAGCUAAUUUCUAACUUUUUUUGCAGUAAGCAUCAACUUUCUUACUAUUCACUUAAAAAAUUCAAAUUGAGUUUUUUUUUUUAAAAUAUUGAUAGGUUACUGCCCAUCAAGAUCUGCUGUUACUAAGUUUCGGUCAGAAGAUGUAUAUGCUGACUUCAUGAAACAGUGGAACAUUGGGGUGUGUUUUUCACUAAGGUACUUUGCUUCUGAUGGAUCGUGUUUAUGAGCUUCUCUCUGCAAUAGAUAUUCAUGAGUGUUGAUUUCAACAAAGCAGAUUUCAGGAAAUUGCUGGGAAUCUGGAUUCUUCUCUGGCAGAGCCCACUAUCACCCCUGUCCCAGACUUGCUACCUGCUCAAGCCAAUUCUCAAGGACUAGUAUUGAAACAAAGUAUUGCACUUCUAGAAAGCUUGAAAGCCUGCUGGAAAGACGAUGUUCUUGUCAUUUCUUGCUCUGAUAAAUUCCUUCGAUUAUUUUUGCAGCUUAUUUCUAGGUAAGCUCGUUUCUGACAGGCAUCCACGCGAAUGAGCUUUCAUAGAUAAUAUCUUUUUUGGUUUACGUUUACGCUUAGCCUUCCAAAGUAAAUCUAACCUACCAGCUCUGUGCAUAAACAGGUACUCUAACUGGUUGACAUCUGGGCUAGCAGCACGAAAAGUGCAUCAUAGCGCCUCAGAUGCCACUCCAAACACUGAAUGGGCAAUUUCUGCGUCUCCAGAAGAUAUUAUUUACGUAUGUACUGUAGCUCGGUAUCACUUCCUGAAUCACGGCAAUUUUAAAUUUUAAAUUUUUAUAUGCUGCUUCUUGGAUGACUUCACAAAGAAAAAUAUUGAUAUAGAUGUAUUUCGUUGAUAACAAGUGGCAUGAUGUCCUGCUGUUGCAUUUUUUUAUGACAUUUUUCUAAUCCACUAUGGGAAGCUUCCGUAUGGACCUAUAGAGAGGCCUUGACUGGCAUAAAAGGAAUGGAGAAGAUUUAUUGUAUUGGCCGAGAGCUAGUAGGAUAGUGCCAAUAUGCUGUUUGAUGUGUCACUGCUGAAGGUAGGAAUGCCUUCCCUUUGAUUUUACCCAAUGCAUCCCCGCUUCAUGGUACCAAUCCAUGGGAGCAUGUCUCUUCGCACAAACCCAUCCCACUCGAUGUUGUUUCGGGUUCCUUGACAACUGCAUCUUGAAGGUCCACAUAUUAAGCUAAAAGGAUAUGGUCGUUCGUCAUCUAGGGCAUGGCAUGUUUAGGGGAGCUGCUAAUGUGGCAGUGUGCGAGCAGCAAACCAAGUGGUGUGAUUCGAGUUGCAGAGUUUAAAGGAUGAGAGUUGCAGGCUAAGGCACCUGCGUAGGUUAGAUGGUUCAGAGGUGGCAUAUGAUGACUUUCUGCCUCCAGCUGUACAAGUACCUGACGCUAAGUCAGGAUCCUCCGUUUUCUUUCUUCUUCUAAAUCAGUUUUCCUACAUGAUGCUGGCAAGAGCGAGAUUUUUGCUGCCGAAAUGAAUGUCUGAAGGUUAGAUCACUUUGAUACCAUUGUAAACUGCUGGAAAAAAUCUUUUUGACCGAAUUCUGCUGCUUUAGUUAAUAGUUGGAUAGAUUUUUAUAGAAGCCAUUUCGAGGGAAGAACAUUCGCACCCACAAGGGUAAUAUCUACACAAUGGCAUGUCUGCAAUAUGAUUAUGUGCUUUAUCCCAUGAGUAUAGAAGAAGACAUUUAUGAUAAAUUGGUGAUAAUUACAUUCAUAUCAUGUGGCUGUUUCAAAACAUUUUUGCUCCUACUUUAUGUUUUUAUUUCGAUAGAACCUUAUCCAGAUGUAUAUAAGAUAGAAUCCAGUUAGUAAAUUUGAUUUUAGGGAAAAAUAUUUGAAUGCCAUACCUUUGCCUCGAAUAACUCUUGUGAAAAUUAGUUGGUGAUACCACAUAUAAAUUCUAACUGGAUGAUAACCUUUGGAUUUGUAGGUCAUGCACGAUGUAAAUUGUCUGUUGGACAAGCUCAAAAACGAAUUCCUGGGGAAUAUUCUGCAACUGCUUCAAUCUUGUUCACUCGAGCUACUUGACUCGGUUAAGCAAAGCAUCUUACAGGGUGGAAAAUCCUUGGAAGACUCGUUACCUUCUCUACUUGAUGCAAUCAUUGAAGCUAUAGUGGAGAAGUCUGCUGAGGUAGAAGAACGUUCUUAUCGUGUCUUCAUUUUCCAAAGUCGUAUAAUAUUGCAUGUUUAUAUCAAUUGUGGGUAAUCUAAAUGUUCUGUAUCACGAAACAUUGUGUCGGACCAUCUCCUUUCAAAGUAGCUGUUCCCCCCCUACGUGCUAAAAAAUUUCCCACCACCUGCUUGUUUCUAUGGGCUUCUUCCAAUCAUGCAUGGGGAUGGGACACAGGAUUGAGUGUGGCAGCAAGGUAAUAUGGAGAUACGAGGCACGGAUAAAGUUAUUAUAGGAAACGAAAUUGCUUGCCCUUUCGGAGAGGAAUUUGUUACUAGAAUUGGUGAAUUCUGCUUCCCCAAAUUGAUUUCCUAUCUUCUCCUUAGGAUUCAAGUUUUUCCAUCAAUAGUUCAAAAUCUUUCAAUGCUUGGGUUUCAACAUUAGUUCACCAUUUCACGUCCAUCAAUGGUUAUUAUAGAAUGAUGGUUGCCCCUUUGACCCAUUUAUAAAAUUUCAUCUUCUACAGAAAUUCAAGUGCCAUAUCUCGUGAUUAACUUGUAUCCCAUUGAAUAUCGAUCUAAUAUCAGUUAUUCCAUGCAAAUCUAGGUGUUCUUUCUUGUCAUUUUGAUAAACCCUAGUGGAAAAUUCGUGUAAUUAGCCCCUCCCCCUCCCUGGUAUUAGCAAUCCAAGCUCGGUCAUGAAACCUACAUUGGCCCUACAAAACCUCACCUUGAUGUGGAAAUCAGGGUCAUUCCUGUUCAAGACGCGAUUUACACCUUACCUCGCUCUUCUUCCCAUCUAAUUAGAUAGAACAUGCGACUUCAUCUGGAAAUUAUCGUGCAGGAGUUAAAGCAUCUGAAGGCCAUAACAGCAACGUACAGGAUGACGAUCAAAGGUCCUCCAGUGAGGCACUCUCCAUAUGUAUCAGGCCUUCUGCGACCCGUGAAGGUAACUAUUAGCCGACAAUAUAUUCCCAGGAUGAGACCUGGGAAGAAAGAACGGUCUCCUUUUAGCAAUCCCUAACUAACAAUGGAACAAGUUUUUUUUUUUUUUUUUUUCUCUCUCUUCUGACUAAACUUACCAAAAAAAAAACUAUAUUUUUGUAUUGGAAAAUAGUAUCAAUCUUGAAGUUUCCACCUGGACCCGACUGCAGGCUUUUCUAAAUGGGGAGCGCAUUGGCUAUUUGACUUCGGAGUCAAAGGCUCAGCUGCUGCACAACACCGCCAACCGUCUAACCUCGCGCUACUGUGAUUUGGUGUCGGAGCUGGUUGAUACGGUGAGCAGGCCGGCCUCAUUACACCAACGCAGCAUUCCUUGCCUCGAUCUUGUUGCCCUAAUUUUCUACCCUGGUCGUGAAAAAACCCUAAUAACAGGUGAGGAAAACAGAGUCAUCUCUACAGAGAAUCCGACAAACUGCCCAGCGACGAGGAGGGACGAGCUCAGAUGCAUCGGACAACAGUAUAUCCAACACCGACAAGCUCUGCAUGCAGUUCUUCCUUGAUGUUCAGGUACGCGGUCGGUUUAAUCUGGGCACACAGAUCCGUUGAUAUCAUGGGGGGACUGAUAUAAACAUAGCAGAAAAAAUCAAACCCAAAACCCUAAAUGAGUAUAAACCUUCAUCACCCACUGCUCGUUCGUAAAGUACUUUUGUUCGUCGGAUCUUUCUCAUGAUCAUGAUUCAUCUACGACCAAACAUCUCUGAACUGGUUCAUGGAUGUGAAAGUUGGAUCACAGAUUUAUUCGGGUGUAUUAAUUUUCCAUGUUUCUGUCUUCCUAUCCCUAAUUAGAGUAAUUGAAAUCAUGGUUGAUCCUAAACCUUAAACCCUGAAAGAAGAAAGAAAGAAAAAAAAAAAAAACCCUGAAAGAAAACCCUAAAUCCUAAACCCUAACCCUAAAAGAGAACUUUAAACCCUAAACCUUAAAAAAAACCCCUAAAUCCUAAACCCUAACCCUAAAAGAGAACUUUAAACCCUAAACCUUAUAAAAAACCCCUAAAUCCUAAACCCUAAAUAUAACGUAAAAAAAAAGGACCUAAAUCUUAAAAUUGUGUAACCUUUCGUCACCCAUUGCUCACUCGGAAUGGAUCCCCUAAAUAUAAUGUUUUUGUCUGUGAUAUGUUUUCUAUGAUCAUAAUUCAUCAAAAGUAUUUCAAAAUUGAAUCAUGGAUAUGAAAGUUGGUUCACAAAUUUCUUUGGGGGCAUUAAUUUUCUUGGAUCUUAGAUUUCGAAAGCUUUUGAUUUUCUCAUCUCCUCCGAAUGUUUUUUCUCAACAACAACAACAACAACGCCAUCAAUGUGGAAAUGUUAAAAAAAAAAAAAAAGUCAGAUCGUCGUUUCUCGAACAGCAGUUGACUUUUAUAUUUAAUUUCCUUAAUCCAGGAGUACGGGCGAAACCUGCAAGAGCUCGGAGUGGCGGUGGCCGACAUUCCCGCCUACCGCACGCUGUGGCAGUGCGUUGCGCCGACGGAACGGCAGGCCGCCAUUGAUUUCUAA